GCCGAAGAGGUCGCCGUGGUGAGACCGAUGGCGAGCUCCAGAGAUCCAGAACCCUCUCUACGCCGCCGCAUCACCGUGGCGUCGCCGGCGGACCCCGUAUUUGGGACUAUCCCGGCGGCUGUUGACUCCACCACCGACUCCGGUGACGAUUCCGUUGUGGAUACGACCUCGGAUCCGGAUUUGACAGAUGGAGUCGUCAAUGGAGAUCAGGGCGAAGAGAAGAAGAAUCUAGCCUCGGUUUCGGAGGGUGCGGAUGAUCGUUCGGGGGCCGAGGGUGGUGUUCCGCCGAUGUUCUUGUACCGAGCUUCUGCUCCCGCUCACCGGAGAAUGAAGGAGAGCCCUCUCAGCUCCGAUGCGAUCUUCAAGCAGAGCCAUGCAGGGCUGUUCAAUCUUUGUAUUGUUGUGCUUGUGGCGGUAAACAGUAGGCUGAUAAUUGAGAAUUUGAUGAAGUAUGGGCUGUUGAUAAGAGCUGGGUUUUGGUUCAGUUUAGGAUCAGUGAGAGAUUGGCCGCUCCUGAUGUGUUGUUUUUCUCUGCCCGCUUUCGCUCUUGCCGCCUUUGCAGUGGAGAAGUUGGUGUGGAAGAAGUUAAUUUCUGAACCAGUUGCUGUUUCAAUUCAUAUAUUACUGACGACAGCUGAACUUGUGUAUCCAGUUUAUAUGAUAUCCAGGAGUGAUUCUGCUGUUUUGUCUGGUCUUGUACUAAUGCUUUUUACCACCAUUGUUUGGUUGAAGCUUGUGUCAUAUGCACAUACAAAUUAUGAUCUGCGCAAUUUUCCGGACUCUGAUAAUAAGAAUUAUUAUACUCAAGGUGUUGACUUUCAAGGCUUGGCAUAUUUCAUGGUGGCCCCCACACUUUGUUAUCAGCCCAGCUAUCCUCGUACAACAUCUAUAAGGAAGGGUUGGGUGACCCGUCAAAUUGCCAAGUUGGUGAUAUUUAUGGGGCUGAUGGGCUUCAUUAUCGAGCAAUACAUUAAUCCUAUUGUCAAGAAUUCUCAACAUCCACUGAAAGGAGACUUCUUAUAUGCUAUAGAGAGAGUGCUGAAGCUAUCAAUUCCAACUUUGUAUCUGUGGCUUUGCAUGUUUUAUUGCCUUUUCCAUCUUUGGUUAAAUAUUCUUGGUGAGCUUCUUUGUUUUGGUGAUCGUGAGUUUUAUAAAGAUUGGUGGAAUGCAAAAACAGUUGAAGAGUACUGGAGGAUGUGGAACAUGCCUGUUCACAAAUGGAUGAUUCGGCAUAUUUAUUUUCCUUGCUUAAGGAAUGGUAUAUCAAAGGAAGUUGCUGUCCUAAUUUCAUUUUUUAUUUCUGCUGUAUUUCAUGAGCUAUGUAUUGCAGUUCCUUGCCACAUAUUCAAGUUCUGGGCAUUUAUAGGGAUGAUGUUUCAGAUUCCCCUUGUUAUCUUGACGAAAUACCUCCAAAAGAAAUUCAAAAGUUCCAUGGUAGGAAAUAUGAUCUUCUGGUUCUUCUUCUGCAUUCUCGGACAACCGAUGUGCAUCCUACUGUACUACCAUGAUGUGAUGAACAGGAAAGCAAGAAGAAAUUAAUGUAAACUUCUCCCAUGCUCAUCCAUUCUCAAGGAAGCACAAAUAGAUAAAAAAUGAGGCACACCAUAAUUCAACAAUACCGUGCCACAAUUCAUCGAUGUUGGCAUGCUUGCGCACUCUCAGUCCAUGUACAGUUUCAAUAUGGUAGAAUUUUUUAAUUACUUUGGUGUCUCUAUGAUCAUUUGUGAUAGGCUCAUGAAGCUCAUACCAAACAUUGAAGAAGGUUGUUCUUUUUCCUCCCUGAAUUAGGAUUUGAUGAAUUAUUGUAAAUUUUCUAAUGAAGUAGUUUCAGAAUGUAAAUUUUCUGACAAAGUUGUUUCAGACAUAGUGUUGCCCUUCUGGUAUCUGUUGCUUGAAUAUGCAGUAAAUUAAUUGUAACUUGACUUCCUGCUGAA